AAAAAACAAAAGAAGAAGAAGAAAUGCAAAUGAUGCUGCUGCUAACAACUGCUUGUCGAUAAUAUUUAAAACCUAAUCUAACGCUGGCAUGUUGAGCACUGGUGUAAAUAGUUAACGUUGAUCAGUGGAAGUUCAGAAGAACAGCUAAGCAGCACUCGUGUCCCCCAGAAAGGGGACAGCGGAGUCAUGGCCACUGCACAGUCAGCUGUAACGUUUGCAGUUUGCAUCCUCAUGAUAACAGAACUGAUACUUGCCAAGAAGGACUACUAUGAUAUAUUGGGUGUGCCUAAAGAUGCCACUGAGCGUCAGAUAAAAAAGGCUUUCCACAAGCUUGCAAUGAAAUAUCACCCAGAUAAGAACAAUAGCCCGGAUGCUGAAGUGAGAUUCAGGGAAAUUGCUGAAGCUUAUGAAACUUUAUCGGAUGAAACCAGAAGAAGAGAGUACGACCAGUUCAGGGGCAGCUCUGCCUACUUCACCGGGGAGACACAAGACAGACGUAGACAGAGCGCCCAACAACCUUUCAGCUUCAAUUUUGACGACAUAUUCAAGGACUUUGACAUCUACAGCCAGAACAGGCACGCCCGUCACCGAAGACACUUUGAAGAACACUCCAGGUCCCACAAGGAGUCCCACAGCAGACACAAGAGACACUUUCAAGGAGGUUUUGGAGCAGGUAUCUUUGAUGACGUGUUUGACGACAUAGAGAGAAUGUUUACUUUUGACAGACACACCAAACAGACUGAAAGCAGGUUUCAUGGUGCAUCAAAACAGCACUGUAGAACAGUGACACAGCGCAGAGGAAAUAUGGUGACCACAUACACAGACUGCACUGCAUCGUAAUAUGCAACAUAAAAUGAAUUCCAACUGAAAAUUGCCUUAAGAGGAUACAAUACUAUUGUACUGAUUUAUGUAACAGAAAGCUACUAGUUCAAAUGCUGUGAAAUUUGAACAGUGACAUUGUGAACUGAUGUCCCAGCACUGAAUGGCAGACAGUGAAUAUUCUGUUUACUUAGCAUAGGUCUAAACUCAAAUAAGCUAUUCUUUGGUCAAGCUAUUUCCUGUGUGUGCUCAUGGACUCUUAAAUGAUUGUUGUAGUCGUUCACUUAUUGUUGAAGAAAGCUGUUGACAGUAUGUUUUUAAAGAAACUUCUCUUGGUAGUGGAAUUUGAAAACAUAGUUAUUUUUCCUGUUUGGAGAAAUAAAGCACUCCUGGUUAAUUUUGCGCAGAAAUACUUAUGUCGAUUCAUCACUUGUUCACCAAACCCAUGUUUUGUGCGGUUUUUAGUUUCUUUUGUGUAGGUUUUUUUUGCCUAUUGUGAGUCUCAAAACACAGCUGGAGGCAGAAACAAUAGCAGCAGGUGGAGUUUUGCUUAUGGUUGUCAAAUGGGGAGCAAUGCCAACAAAAAUAUGUGACCCUGCACAUGUUGGCCUGUUAAAGUUUGUAGUACUUCAUUUGGCUCAUUUUGUACUCUACACUGCACUGUAAAUCUUAGCAUUUGUAGCUAAAUUAUUAUAAAUGUCCUUAAAUCAGAAAACAUAAUUAAAAAGAGGUAUAAGGGAAUUGAGAUGCAGUAUGUUAGUGACUCAGAUUUUAGUGGAAGUGGCCUUGAUUUACAGGAGUGGACAAAAUGCCUGAAAACCAGUGCAGCAGCCCUGCAAUAAAUCACCAAAAUGUGAACUUUAUUUGUUCUGUUUUGCUUGGAUUGUAUCAGAGAAGUUUUGGUUCAACUUCUUUGGAACUUUAGAGGCACAUUACAGCCUCUAAAAUCAUUAAAAGUGAAUCAGCACUCCACUGACACAUGCUCAACAAAAAUUGAGCAUAAUAAGUUUUACAAAGGUAUUGCAGGAUUAUUGCUAUUUGAUUGCGUUAUACUUCAGACAGAACUGCAGUUCGAUUACAUUUGAUUUGGCCUGUGCUCGAUUGUCAGACCUCUUUUAUGUUAAAAAAUGCUGCAGACCGUUCAACCUGACAUGACUCACAUUUGUUGCGAUUUUUCAUAUUAUGAUUAAGUUGCUUCUAAAUUAAAAUAGUUUUUAAUGAAGUAUUUGAUAUAACUGUCAGAAGACAUCUAUAUAGAGGCCACCUUCAGUAAAAUAAAAAUUCACAAGCAUUUCUGAAUUGAAGUAUAUCAUUUUUUAAAUUAUACUUUCUAAAUGUAGGUUAUUUACUACAGGCUUGCAAUUACAUUACUUGAAAUUUAACCAAAAAUCCGUAAAUUAAAAAAAAAAAAAUUGACAGCCAUGUCAGUUGUAAUAUGAAGACUGAUGUGUAUGUGUAAUCUAACUCUCAGUGGACCACUUGAACCAUAAGCUGACUACAGAAUGUACUUGGGGUUUCAAAAUUGUAAAUUUUUACCUGUCAAAAUGUUUUUUUUAUUGUUUUUCUUUUUAAUGGAAACACUGUUCUGUGCAGUAUGUUAAAUACAGUUGGCCAUUUUUAAUUUCAAUUGGCAUUUGGCAGUGUGAAAUACUUUAUACAGUAUUUUUUAAAAUUAAGUUUAAGGGUAAGAAUAAUGCAGUACUACAAAGCUUACAAAAUAUUCUACAGUAUGUUGUCUACUUUGUAUAAUUUGUAUACUUAAAUACAAGCAUCACAGUUCAUCACUUAAGCUGUAAAUUUGGUGAUGGCUGCUCACCCCAGUGUUGGUGAAACUCCCAGUACAUACUGAGAAGAUGAGACAUUUUUCCUAACAUAUCACCUGUUACUUCAUUCCUGACAAAUAGUUACAGUGACAUGCUCCUUUGACAAUGUGGUGUGCACUAUUUAUUUUUACUAUAUUGAUAUUGUUGUUGUAAAAUAUCCAGUAGCACUUUCAAUUUUGUAUAAUUUUCUGGAUAUGUGUGUAGUUUCUAAAGAAUGUGUUUAGAGAAAUAAAAAGUUGAGACCAAA